AGCGAACCGACGAGCGGAUAAGGCGAAAAAUAUCUGAAAAGCAGAAGCGAAAAACACGAAAAGCCAGAAACAGUAUCAGAAACAAAAAAAACGCAGCAAACAAACUGAAACUUAAACCGAGAAGGCAACCGAAACAAGAAACCGUAAAAGAAAAGCCAGAAAAAGAAGCGAAUCGAAGCAGCGUAAAUAAACAGAGCGAAUUGGAGCGAACGCCAAAACCGACAUAAAAAAAAAAAACAGAUAAAACACAAAGACGUUUUUCCGGAAAACGCGCGGAAAAGUGAAUUUCAAUUUUUUUUGAGUGAAAGUUGGGCGUCUACGCCCACGCGCACGUCUACGCCCACAGCCGCCACGCCUACAAUGAACCGUUCAAACAGCUUUGUUAGUUCGCUGAAGUGGUGGCCACUGCAGGGUCACAACAACCAACCGGCGGCGGCGGUUGCGCCACCUGCCGGCGGCUAUUCGCAGUCGGCACCCAGUUCGCCCACCUCCAAUUGGCCACCGCCACUGCAGCAGCAGCAGAAUCCCACCCACCGGCUCCUGCCGCCCAACGCCCACCACAAGGUCGGUAGUGGCGGUGGCAUCGUUGGAGCCACCUUCGGCAGCAGCGUGGCCGUCCAGAAGCUGCGCGAAUCCAAGUGGUUCAAGCCCGAGGAGCAGCGCAUCUUUUGCGCCGUCGUCGAGUGCGGAUUCGUGGUCGAGAUCCGGAGCAGCGCCGCCGCGGAAGCAGCUGCGGCCAGUGCAGCAGCGGCAGCAGCUGCCGCCGCCUCCGGCGAUGGCGAUGAUGGCGACGUCGACGCCCUGGAGGAGAUCGACUGUCCGCUGACCAAUCAACCGCUCAACCCACCACCCCAAACCCAAUCCCAGUCCCAAUCCCACCAGCGGCUGGUCAUUCCGCGCAACGGGAGCAGCUUCCUCGAGACGCAGGACGAAAACGAGACGCCAGUGGCAUCCUGGUAUGGCAUCGUCCUCUGCAAGGUGGCCAAAGACAAUAAGCCCAAGCCCGAGACCAUUGAGAUAUUUUCUGUGAAAAUACGUGAGAAUGGCACAUACAAACUAAUCAAGAUGCAACUUGCGGAUAUUUGGAGUCAUGGAUGGGAGUUGCGCAUCAACAACUUCGCCGACAAGGAAAAGGUGCCGCACAACGAAAAGGACAUUCGCAAUCAGGUGUCGGUGGCGCGCAAGGCCAAGCAGAGUCUGUGGAACAACAACAAGCACUUCGUGUACUGGUGUCGAUAUGGAAGUCGUCAGCAGGAUCUGCGGAAGCGACAGAUGUCGGAGUGCGUGAAAUGGGGCAGCGUGGGCAUGAAUGCGGGCAUGCUGCUGGUGCUCAAUAAUCGGCAGAAAUGCUAUUCCCACUCAAAGUAACUAGAGAACCAAAUCCUUUGAUUUUCCAAAUUCUAUUCAAGAAAAGAAAUAGGGGAAUACCUUGCCUACUGCUACUGCUGCUGGCGUUCCACCGAUUUUACACAGCAAACAAGUAUUAAAGUAAAUUCGGAUGAUAAGAUAAUUUAUGGCUUAAGAACGCCAAGGGCAGUGGAAAAAAACCAAAUGCAAAUAUACGUAUUAAGUGCAAAGAGAGCCAAGAAAAUUUAGAUCAGGGCGAGGGCUUUUUGGCAGUAUUAAAAAAUCAAUUAAAUGAAAUCAAAUUAAAUGGAAUGGUAUGGAAUGAGGCGAGGCGAGGCCAGAGCAAAGCAAGAAACAUGGCCUACCAAAUCACUCUACACUACACUACACUCCCGCCCAUGAUUGUAUAGCUGUUGCAACUCGAGCUACAAUUUAUCAAAUACUUUUGUAUUUACAAUUGUGUAUAUGACACAGAACGAGAGAGAGAGACACACACACACUGUGAAAUUCGAAAAGACUUAUUAAAUAUUUGUUUGUUUUUUUUUUGUCCUAAUUUUUUUGUUUUCAUGUGAUUAAAAUACGUAUACAUUAUUAUAUUUAUACAUUGUGAAUGGCAAGCAUAUGCAAGGCAACAAUUUUUGUUUUCUUUGUUAUUUAAGCGUAUUUAAGAGAAACCCACAAAUGGGCAAACAAAUUUAGCGAAAACUCUACGUUGCAAGCAUAAUAAUUUAGCAUUGUAAAAACAAUCAAAACAUUCGAAAUGUUUCGUUAUGUAUUUAGCUCUACAUGACCGACAAACGAGGACGACGACGGCGACUCAGAACCGAAACCACACUGAAAGAAAAACAGUAACAGAAACAGAGUAUCCAAGCAAAAAUGGCAGCUAUAUAGUUGCCGAUAAAUAUUUUUGUACAUAGGGAAACUGGACGCACUAUGGACUCUCCACAUACGUAAUCAAAAAGAGGAUGCAACCCACAAAAAAUUUACAAAACCUAAAAAAAAUGAACGCUAGUUCGUAAGCUAUACAUAUACAUUAUAUACAUUAUUACUUAUUUUGUUUAAGUUUUGUCUUUUUUAAGCAAUUUAUAAAAUAUUUAUAGUAGUCUUAUAUACAUUUCGACAAUGUGAGGAAAUUUGAAUAUGAAACGUUUGUAAAAUGCUUUAUAUUGAUAUUAUUAUUAAAUGUUUACCAACGGAUACAACAAAA